CUUAGUUUAAAAAAGCGUCGCUUAAGCACGAUUAAAGCGCUAAGCGACUCGAGCGAGGCCUCUGGCGCUUUAGCAUGGCAAAACACUACGAAUUCAUUAAGCGAUAGUAAUCGGCGCUUUUAGCAAAGCGCUAAUCGGUGCUUAAUCGCGAAUUUAGAAGAUACGAUUAUGGGCUUUAGGAGAUACAAUUUUUGGGCUUGUUUAGGGUUUAGCGGGCUAUUAGAUUAUCAGGCUUAGAUUGGCUUUUAGUUUAGGCGGGCUAGGGUAAAAAAUGUGAUUGAAACAAGCGACAGAGAAGCUUGAGCGGUAAAAAAUUCCCAGAGCGAUCAUCUUCCACGCCUCUCGCCUCACGCUCACGACUCCUGACUCACGAGUCACAGCUCAAGUUUUGAUCAUCAUCUUCCUCUCAUCUCACUCGAGUCACGCUGCUGCUGCACUUCAUCAACCGAAUGACUUCAACAGCGGGUAACGCAGGUUCUCCAAAGAACGGGUCAGAAGACCCGAUUAGGAAAUAUACAAUACAAGAUCCGAAUAAUAAAAUCAGCUUUACAUGCUCUUUUUGUGGACAAACAUUUAAGGGAGGUGUGUUUCGGAUCAAACUGCAUAUGAUUGGUGGUUUUAAGGAUGCUCGUAAAUGUCCAAACUGUCCGGAGCAUGUGCGGGAAGAAUUAAAUGUGUUCAUGAUGAAGAAACAAACGACAAAGGCAGAACAACAUAUGCAAGCAAAAAAAUGGAUGCACCAACAACAAGAUGAUGAAUACGAUGGUGAAGAAGAAGAUGUUGUUGAAAUAGGCGGCCGUAGUAGCAAGAUGCCCCCACCCAAAAAACCAAGGCAAAAAGGUCCUAUGGACAUGUACUUCACUCCUAAUCCUCAAGAAGCAAUCAAAGCUAGGAAGGAAGGGAGACAACAAACCAUCAAUUAAACGUGUCGAAAGGACCUUAGGGAUAAAGUUUGUCAUGAGAUUGGGAGGCAUUUCUUUUAAUGCCGCAACAUAUGAGAGUUUUCAAAUAAUGAUCGAAGCAAUCGGACAGUUUGGCCCCGGGAUGAAAGCACCAAGUAUGUACGAGUUAAGAGUUCCUAUACUUAACAAGGAAGUAGAGGAAGUUCAAAACCAAAUUGUGGAAAAUAAGAAAGAAUGGGCAGAAAAAGGUUGUUCAAUACUAUCGGAUGGAUGGCGUGAUUCCGUUGUUCAAAAAGAUAUCAACUUCCUGGUAAACUCCCCAAAGGGUUCGGUUUUCGUGAAGUCACAUGAUGUAUCUGAUGUUUCAAAGGAUGCUGAUUUGUUGUUUCAUGUUCUUGAUAAAAUGGUGGAGGAAGUUGGUGAAGAGAAUGUGGUGCAGGUGGUGACUGAUAAUGCAUCAGCUUAUGUGAAGGCAGGGAAGUUGAUGGAAGCUAAAAGACAACAUCUUUAUUGGACACCAUGUGCUGCACACUGCCUAGACUUGAUGUUGGAGGAUAUUGGCAAACACAUUCCUAGGGUUCAAAAUGCUUUUAAAAAAGGCCAUUUACUCAAAUGGAUAUAUAUAUAGUCAUGUUGGUUUGGUGAACUUGAUGAGAAAGUUCACAAACCAAAGAAACUUGCAUAGACUGGCCAUCACAAGAUUUGCUACUUCCUUCAUCACUCUUGCCCAGAUCCACAAACAAAAAAACAAUUUGAGGAAGAUGGUGACUUCUCAAGAGUGGGAAGCGAGCAAGUGGUCUAAAGAACCCACGAGUAAGAAAAUAAAGUCUUACUUUUUGCAAGAAACGUUUUGGAGGAAUGUACUUUAUUCUCUCAAGUUGACGGGCCCCUUAGUGAAAGUUCUUAGACUAGUUGAUGGAGAAAAAAAUCCAGCCAUGGGUACAUCUAUGAGGCAAUGGAUAGAGCUAAGGAGGCGAUUCAUGAUAGUUUUCCGAAUCGAGAGGAUGAUUACAAGAAAGCUUUUGAAAUUAUAGAUCAUAGGUGGGAAUGUCAACUACAUAAACCUUUGCAUGCUGCGGGACAUUUCUUGAACCCGAGGAUCUUUUAUGACGAAGUUGGUGGUGUGCUUUGUGAAGAAGUUGAAAACGGUUUUUAUGAAUGCAUGUUGAGGCUUGUUCGCGACCAAGAAACUCAAGACAAGAUUUCAGACGAGUUAGUUAAAUACCGAAGGGCAGAAGGUCUCAUUGGUAUUAGCUUGGCUGUUAGGCAAAGGAAAACAAAAUCACCAGCUGAUUGGUGGACAAUGUAUGGAUCUUCGGCUCCUAACUUGAAAAAGUUUGCUAUACGGGUUCUUAGUCUCACUUGUAGUGCUACAAGUUCUGAGAGAAACUAGAGUGUUUUUCAACAACUUCACACUAAGAAACGAAAUAGAUUGGCACAAUCUAGAUUGAAUGACAUGGUGUUUGUGAAAUUCAAUCGUGCCUUGGAUCGCCGAGCUAAAAGUAAGGAGACCGAUCCUAUUCUUUUGCAAGAUAUUGAUGAGAGCAAUGAGUGGUUGAUGGGAAGAAUGGAAAAUGAUGAAGAUGAUGAUGAGGCGGUGUUUGUUGGUGAGGAUUUGACAUGGAGUGAUAUUGCUAACGCUUCCGGUGCAUAUGAGCCUAGUUAUCUAACUAGAGCAUCAAAAGUAGUGAAUGAUGGAGCCGGACCAUCGAGAAAUGAUAAAGGAAAAUCUCUUGCUCAUAAUCCUAUCUCUAGUAGACCAUCUCGUAGAUGCUUAGUUGAUGAAGAUGAGAUGGAAGAAGAUAUUGGAGUGUCUAGUGAUAAAGGAGAUUGUGUUGUCCGAGUUGAUGACGAUGACGAUUUAGAGGAUUUUUAGUUAUAAGGAAUUGAGGGUUUAGAAAAAUACUUUUGUUCAUCUCACUUUAGAUUGCUUUUGGUGUAGACCAUCUUUUGAGAUUAAUAUGCUCGUAUAGUC